AUGGUACUGAUGUCUACUGAAACAUUUAUCGAGGCUCUCUAUAAAUUGGUCGCUAAAUUGGUUAUUCUGUCUCAAGCUAAGAUUGCAAUGGGCAUUAAAACACCAAAAGUUCCAAUUCUCUUUCUCUUGAAUUUUCUUGCCUUGGUUUGCAGUAUCAAUGCAGGAAACAUUGUGGUUUACUGGGGCCAGAGCGAGAACGAGGGCUCAUUAUCCGAAACAUGCGACACUGGACUGUACAAAUUUGUGAACAUAGCGUUUCUGGCAACAUUCGGCAGUGGGCGUGAGCCCCAAAUCAACCUAGCAGAUCACUGUGACCCUGCCUCAAACGGUUGCAAAAUUUUGAGCGAAGACAUAAAGCAUUGCCAGAAGAGAGGCAUCAAGGUGAUCCUCUCAAUCGGAGGUGGCGAGCCAGGGUACUCCUUGUCAUCCGCUGGAGAUGCUACAAACGUGGCAGAUUUCAUAUGGAACAACUUCUUGGGAGGGAAAUCUAGGACAAGACCAUUGGGUGAUGCAGUGUUGGAUGGUGUAGAUUUUGACAUCGAAGUUGGUGGUGGUGAAGCCUUCUACGCUGUGCUUGCAAGGAGACUCUCUGAGCACAGCAAAGGGGGCAGAAAAUUGUACUUAACAGCAGCACCACAGUGUCCCUUCCCUGAUGAGCACCAGAAUGGAGCACUGUCAACAGGGCUAUUUGACUUUGUUUGGGUUCAGUUUUACAACAAUGAUCCGUGUCAGUUUGACUCUGGCCACCCGACCAAGUUCCGGAAUUCAUGGAUCCAGUGGAUCUCGUCCAUUAAGGCUAGGAAAAUUUAUGUGGGACUUCCUGCAUCUCCAUCGGCAGCUGGUACUGGCUUUGUGCCAGCACAAACUGUCAUAAGUCAAGUGUUGUCUUUUGUCAAAAGAUCCCGCAAGUAUGGGGGAGUGAUGCUGUGGGAUAGGUCCGCUGAUAAGCAAACCGGAUUUUCCAGGACCAUCAAGGACAGUGUUUGA